GUCACCCCUCGCGGGGCGCAGCUCGGAAGCAGCCGGCGGGGCUGCCCCCUCCCUGCGCUGUCCCCCCACCCCCGCCGGGGCAGAGCUCUGGCUUGUGAGUGCUGGGGAUGCCCCCCUCCCCGCGAGCCUACACGGGUGGGGGGCAUGCGACGCCCACCUGCAGUGUAGAUAGUGCCUCAGGCUCUAUGGCUACACGGCAGGUAGGGUUCUUGGAACUGAAGUCAGCAGACCGUGUCAGGGAACCCUGGCUUAGAGCGUCUACAUUGCAUUUUAACCCUAGGUUAAAACACUUUCUGACUCAGGCUUGAGCCUAGGGCUCUGGCAACCACCCUGCAGCGCACAGUCCCAAGUCAAAGUCACCUUAUCCCCCGAGUGCCUGGCACUCCUCCCCCGCCUAUGUCGACGCUCUAGCCCUAGGACCACGUUGUACUGUGGGAAAACUCUACUGCCCACCAUGCUUGUUUUAGGAAACUUGAACUGCCCCCCUUCUCCCGCCCCCCCCUCCCCCACAAGCUGCCUAGCAGUCAUUUUGGUCUGUGAACUAGCCAUCGGAGCCAGCAACAUGGAGGAGGCACCUUUGGAUGAACUCCUCCUACUUGCACUUUCACUUCUGUGUCAGGAAACUGGCAGAGCUUCUGUGAGGCGCUGGUGGACAUUUCAGCGGCGUUUUCUGUGCCACCGAAGGUACCUGACUAAUUUCCUGAUGGAUCUACAGGAAGAGGAGGAGGAAGAGGAGGCAGAAGAGGAAGAGUACCCUGGCAUCAUGGACGCUGAGUGGCAGAUGUUGCUCAGUAUAAUUGGCAUAACCGCUGAUGUCCCCUGUUUAGACAGCCGCUUUUGGUGCAGGGUCACAAGCACAGACUGGUGGGACCAUAUUGUCAUGCAGACUUGGGAUGACCAGCGCUGGGUCCAGUAUUUUCACAUGAAGAAAGCCACAUUUCUGGAGCUUUGUGAGCAGCUUACCCCCAUCCUCCAGCAUAAAGAGACACACAUGAGGUCACCCUUGCCAGUCCAGAAGCGGGUUGCUAUAACUGUGUGGAAGCUGGCUACUCCAGACUGCUACAGGUCUGUUGCCAACCAGUUUGGGAUUGGAAAGUCAACUGUGGGUAAAGUGGUGGCAGAGGUAACUGAGGCAAUCCGGCGUGUGGUUUACCCCGAGGUGGCGGGCAUUAAAGAUAUUCCUAAGGUAAUUGCUGGAUUUGAGCGAAUGGGGUUUCCUAACUGCGCCGGGGCCAUUGAUGGGAGUCAUGUGCCCAUAGCUUGCCCUCCACAAGGAGCACAUGAGUACUUAAAUCGCAAAGGGUACUACUCCAUUGUUAUGCAGGCACUAGUGGAUCACAGAGGCAGAUUUAUGAAUGUCAAUGUAGGCUGUACAGGAAAAGUUCACAAUGCCAGAGUUUUUCACCACUCUGGAGUCUAUAUCCAUGGACAGGCUAGGACACUAUUCCCACCCAAUGACAUUGACAUAAAUGGUGUUGCAGUCCCCAGUGUUAUUCUGGGUAGCCCUGCAUAUCCUCUUUUGCCUUGGCUAAUGAAACCAUACCCUGAUAUCAAAGACCCUGGCAAAAAAAGGUUAAUUACACUCUAAGCAGUGUAGAAUGCUUGUUGAAUGCGCUUUUGGCAGAUUAAAUCACGUUGGAGGUGUUUACAAACCCCUUUGAUGUCAGUGUCAUCAAUGCUGUCCGCAUUACUGUGGCUUGCUGUGCUCUUCACAACCUUUGUGAAGCCAGAGGUGAGCCAUUUUCCCCUGAAUGGACCUCUGACAGCAGGAGAACACAGGAUCGAUACCCUCAGCCAGAAAGUGCAGCUAUCACAGCAGAAGCUGAUUGCACCCGGGCAGCAAACGUAAGGGAUGCUUUGUGUGCUCACAUUAUGGACUUAUAUGGCCCAAUGGAAGAGAGGAAAUAGCACCUGCACAAAUGUGCUGGGUGGGAAAACUGGCUCAUUUUUGAGGGGGAUAGUCUUGAUAGUCAUGCUUGAUCAACAUGAUGAAAAAUAAAUAUGUUGGGGGGGUAGCAAA